GCAGCCAAACGCACCUGCGCGCGCCUGUGAGAGCACGCGCAAAUGCAGCAGAUCUGCGCGGGGAGGGCGGGGGAGCGCGCACGCUCGCGGGCACUUUUUAUCAUCCAGAGAAGAGAGGCGGGAGCGCUGAUCCGGGGGCUGACGGUCUGGACCGUCAGAACCGGACCCGCAGAGGCACAACCCACCGCGCGUGAACGCAGCGCGCGGGCGGCGUAGGUGAGAGAAGAGGAAGAACCGCGCGGAGAACCGCAGGGGCUGACCGCGCGCGCGCACGGACCGGACGAGGUUCGGGGUUUCAUUCUCGAAGGUUUUUCUACGCCGCGCGCGUGCGGUUCUGGGACCCGCGCUCACGCGGCGGCGGCAGCCGGAGCCGGAUCCAGACCUCCGCAGAUGGGUUAGAACCGGCCGGUUCCGUCCAGAAUUGCCCGUCCAAACCCCAGAGGGUCCGCUCACACCUGCCCGCGCGACCCGCGCGCCCGUGAGAUGUAGAAGCCGCAGAGCCGAACCGCAGGUGCCGCUUCUGAGCGCCAGAACCCCGGACCGUCCUCCAGAACCCGAACAGAACCAUGCCGGCCGGGAUGAAGCCGCUGGAGAAGUUCCUGAAAAAGCAGACCACCGCGCUGACCCGGGCCGGGGGGUUCGGCGGGGGGGUGGCGGACAAGACCGGCGGGGGCAGCGCGGCGUCCCGGAGGCGGGCCAGCCUAUCCCGGGUCGUCCCGUUCUUCAGGGAGACGUCACCGGAGAGCGGCCACGCGCGAGAGGUCUUCAGCCCCGACAGUGAGGACCCGCCCUCCUGGCCCUCUGCGGCGGGAACCGCUCUGGUCUCGGUGGCUAGCAGCGCUAACGGCUCUGGGGGCGGCGACGUGCGCAGCCCCUCCCUGUCCAGCGACGAGCAGAGCUCUGAGGCCAGCCUGGUCGCAGAGUCCAGCGGGGGGGGCGGGACCCCCCUGCACCCCGACACCCCCGACAACCUGGCGCUGGCGGUGCUGGACAGCGUGGCGGGGAAGCGGUUCAGCCACUGCUCAGAAACGCUCCUGGAUGACUUCAUGUUGACACAUCCCAUCUUCCUGACAGCCGACAGGCUCCAGCAGGUCCUGCUGCAGCAAUUCAGUCUGGCUGGAGAGGAGGGGGGCGUGGGAAGGAGGGAGGGGGAGGCGGCGCAGAGCGCCACCGAGAGGAAGCAGGCGGUGCUGCAAGUGGCGUUCAGGUACCUGGACACCUACAGAGAGCUGCUGCAGGAGGAGGGGGAGUGCAGCAACAGCUUCCCCAAGGAGCUGUACGUGAACGCGUUGCAGGACCUGAGCCAGCACCCAGAACUGGUGGAAGAUGUUCUGAAGCUGCAGAGGUGGACCGAGAUCCUGCACUGCCCCUCUGUGGAGGAGAGGGAGAGCAGGAAGAAGCAGGUCCGCCCCCUUUUCCGACACUUUCGCCGCAUCGACGCCUGUCUGCAGCCCAGAGAGGCCUUCAGGGGCUCGGACGAGAUCUUCUGCAGGGUGUACACCCCCGACCACUCCUACGUCACCAUCCGGAGCCGCCUGUCCUGUCGGGUCGGAGAGAUCCUGGCUCUGGUAAAGGAGAAGCUGCAGUACAGCGAGGAUCAGCCGGUUCUGCCGGGAAACCUGGUUCUGGUGGCUGUGACUUCAGCAGGAGAGAAGGCCGUGUUCCGUCCGAGCGACGAGGCCGUCUUCACCACGCUCGGCGUCAACACUCACCUGUUCGCCUGCGAGCCGUCUGAGCUGGACUCUCUGCUCCCUCUUCCUGAGGAGAUCCACUGGACGCCAGGCGACAGCAAACUCCACGACAUGUCAGCAGAGGAGGUGGCCAACCAGCUGGUGGCGUUUGACUGGGAGCUCUUCAGCUGCGUGCACGAGGUGGAGUUCGUCUGUUACGUGUUUCAUGGUGAGCAGUCUCGCUGGCGCCCCCUGAACCUGGAGCUGGUACUGCAGCGCUGCAGCGAGGUGCAGCACUGGGUCGCCACGGAAAUCCUGCAGUGUCAGUCUCUGCCGAAGAGGAUCCAGCUGCUCCGCAAGUUCAUCAAGAUCGCAGCGCUCUGCAAGCAGCAGCAGGACCUGCUGUCGUUCCUCGCCGUGGUUCUGGGCCUGGACAACCCGGCCGUCAGCAGACUGCGACUCACCUGGGAGGGUCUCCCAGGAAAAUUCAGGAAGCAGUUCCAGCAGUUCGAGAGCAUCGCGGAUCCUUCCAGGAACCACAAGUCCUACCGAGACGUGAUGACCAGCCUCAGACCUCCGCUGAUCCCCUUCACACCUCUGCUGCUGAAAGAUCUGACGUUCCUCCAUGAAAGCUGUAAGACGUUCCACGGCGACCUGGUGAACUUUGAGAAGAUGCAUAAAGUUGCUGAGAUGGUGCGGAGCAUCAGACGGUACCGGAGCAGCCAGCUAGCCAUGGAUACGGAGACGUCGCCCUCCCACCUCCAGACCAAGGCCUACGUGCGGCAGCUGCAGGUGAUCGACAACCAGAACCUGCUGUUCGACAUGUCCUGCAAGCUGGAGCCCAAAGACACGUAGAGAGCGACGGCGGAAGAGGAGCGCCGGUCUGAGCUCCGCCUCCUCGCCACCAUAAAACGACCAGACAAGAAUGGAGACCAGCUUUUAUUCUGACAGUCAUAGAACCGGGCCGCUAGGCCACGUCUGAACCCGGAGAACCGGUUUGGUGUUUGAGCAAGUGGCAGUUCUGCUGGGCGGAGCUCAGAGGGGUCGGCCAAUCACAGCUCCCGCUUUCACAGAGGAAGGUUUGAAACGUCAGAACCUUCUGGGUUCAAACCGGUUCCUGUCCAAACGCUGAGCCGGAACCUGCCUCCCCACUAAACACCAACCUCCGGGAGCAGACGUGGCGUUUUGCCCCAGAGCGAGAGGCGGAGCCUGUCGCCACUCAGAAUCUUUACUACCUGUUUGCAAACGAGCACGAACGCUGGAGAAGAGCCAUGAUUUACCCUCAACGCUCCCGGAGCGCCGCCGGACUAACUGUGGCGCCCUGCAGGGGGCGCUCUCUUCAAGGUCUCAUCCUGGUGGGUUUGAGCGUUCAGUCCCUGAACGCACCACACACUGCUGGCAGGCUCACGAUGCCUUCGGGCUCACAGGACAGGCGUGUAGAUGCUGGUUUUCUACACCGACCCGACUCUAGAACCCCUCUGACCCGACUCGACGUUCGGUUCCUGACGUCCGGAUUCUGCCAUAAAACGCAAAAUAUUGCAAAUCUGUCCGGGAGGCUCCGGUUCCUGUGAGCGAAACCCAGAACCGGGCCCAGCAGUGGUAGAACUCCCGCUCCGGCUGCUGUCACGCCCGGCUGACCUGCCUCCAUCCGGCCGGUUCUGCAGAACAUCUUUGGCAAUAAAGACAGGAAGUGGAUCCGGUGGGCCGAGCCGUCGCAUCAACAAAGCACUUUUCGCCAAACCUCAGGGCUCAAAGACACGGAGAGGUUCUGUUUACUCCUUCUUCUCAGUUUCAGUAGUUUGGUUCUGUUGAGUCCAGUUGUGCUGCGAUCAGUUGGUUCUGUGUUCGUGCCGCUGAUCCCGCCUCAGUCAUAUUUAUAGGAAUAUUAAAGUUGCUGUUUUUUUUGCCGUGAUCGUCACCAGAGCCGAGGCCGACCUCGGAACCGGCCCAGAACAGAACGGUUCUGGUUCUGAAACCUUCAGGUUAGAGUGUGAACGUCUGCACCACACUCUAAACCCAGUACCAGGUUCGAUUCCCGGCGUCUGCUCCAGCUGGAGUCCAGCAGGUGUUUCAUCUCACCUGAGACUCAGAACCACAGAGGUUCUGACCAGAACCUCUGAUUGGGUCACACUAACGCUGCGAUCAAACAGACAGCGUGAAUGUCUUUCAGCGCCGCAGGAACUCCCCUCGCCGGCAGCGGUCAGAUUUCACUGAAACCCUCUUGAAUUUCUUCAUUUGUUUUAUUUAUUACAAUUCUUUACAUUCAACGUAUUUUUAUAAAAAUAACGUCUGAGGAGAAACGGGACCAAACGACACCUCUGCGGUUCUGAAAGUCCUUCUGGUCUGUGGAGCGUGACCUUUGACCUCCUGAGCCGGAGGUUCUGCCGGCCUCGGUUCUGGUGAUCCGUGACCCUCAUCUCCAUCUGUACCAUAGCAUCCGUCUGCUGAAGCCACGCCCCUCCAGAAACGACUCAUCCGGCCCGGAUGGAGGGAUUGGUCGGUUCUGGACGGACAGAAAUGUUCCCACCAGAACCAGACCGUCCGUCCCACAGCUGCCGUUUCAGAAGCGGUCGGACUGGGUGGUUCUGGUCUGACCGGGUCAGGAGGUCUGGUUCUGCUGGGGUCUGAGCGUGGAACCCACGGAGGGCAGAUCAUCAGGACCCGGCUCCCUCAGGACCCCUCCCUGGGUUCUGGGCCGGUCCUCGGAUCCCUCCAGAGUUGGAGCUGAGACUCAGGUCCAACUUCUAACCUCAGACGUUCUGACCCAAACCGCUCUUCUCUGACCUCACUUCCUGCGCCUGUGUGGAUCCUCACAGCGUCGGCUCAAACUCUGCUGGGAUCCGCAGGCCGGCCGCUCUGCCGCCGGCGCGCUGACCCGUGUACAUACCACAGCCCUGUAAAUAGGCAGAUACUAUCGGAGACUCUAUUUUACGUAUGAGGAGAGUGGGCGGAGCUAACUCAAGGAGAAGCGUUUGGUGUUUUUAUUUGUGAUGAAGAUGUUUGCUGGUUCUGUUGUUUUCUAUCAGAAUUUCCUGGUUUGCUUUUUGUACAGCAGUGGUUGUUUACAUCAUAAAGUCCCUUCUGUGUGAUUGGAGCACAGGUGUGAUGGGGCGGGGCUUCAUAAACCAUGAAAACACUGUUGCUUUGAACAUGAAAAUUAAAGAUAUACGAUGAAAACUGGA